UCUGUGGAUGCUGGAGGCGCCACAUGAAGACCUCAGUUCCUCUUUCUUAUUUAUUCCAGUCUAUUUCAUUAUAUAUUUAUGAAUGCAGUGUUAAAUCCGCAGAUUUGUCUUCCUCGCGCGGCUGAACUAAUGCGCGGUCUUGGCUCGAAUCCACGCUCAUGUUCGCGUAAAUAACUCCGAGCGCGCGCACACGUGGACGCGAUGAAGCGCGCGAGCGGUGGAGCAGUUCUCCGGGAUCCGCGCGGUCAGAAGCUGAUGGAGCUCGCGCUUCAGACACCUGGCAGCAGGCUGUGAGCGGGCGAUCAGAGACACUUUCUUUGCUGAUUGUUGGUAAUGAAAAGGAGCAUCUCUGCCAGCUGGCGGGUCUCCAGAUGUGUGUGGCUGCUGAUUGGAGGAGGCUGUACUGGUGGGUGGUGCUCCAGUGGGUAGUGGGCGUGGCUUCAUCAGGACCCUGCGCUCAACGCUGCGACUGUUUGGCAAAGCUCCUGAUAGCGAACUGUUCAUCAAGACAACUGUCUUCCGUUCCCGCGGGUGUCCCUGACAACACCCUGUCGCUUAACUUGACCGGUAACCACUUAAAGACUCUGUCCAGGGGGCAGUUCUCCGGUCUGACACGGUUACACGAGCUGGACCUCAGCAACAAUGAGCUGACGGUGAUCGAGGUCGAAGCCUUCGCCGGCCUGAAGAACCUCCUCACGCUCAGAUUAUCCCACAACCGGCUGAAGAUCAUCCCGGUCGGAGCCUUUUCCGACCUCCCCAACGUUCAGUUUCUGGACAUCGGCCGGAACGAGAUCUUGGUGUUCCUGGACGACAUGUUCCGAGAGAUGCCGAGUCUCCAGACGCUGGAGGCCAGCGAGAACGACCUGGUGUUCAUCUCCAGCCGCGCCUUCAGUGGCCUGACCAACCUGCAGGAGCUGAACCUUGACCGCUGCAACCUGACCUCGGUGCCGAUCGAAGCCCUGUCGCAGCUCACCGGACUCAUGCAGCUGCGCUUCCGCAGACUCGGACUCACCACGCUUCCCAACAACUCCUUCCGCCAGUUGGGACGCUUGCGGGAUCUGCAGGUUUCUCACUGUCCUUGGUUGAACUCGCUGGCCACCAACAGUCUGUUCGGACUCAAUCUCACAUCGCUGACGCUGAGCCACUGCAACCUGAGCGCCGUGCCGUAUUCCCCGCUGCAUCACCUCGUCUACUUGCGAUACCUGGACUUGUCCUACAACCCAAUCACUGUCAUCCUUUCCAACCUCCUUGGGGAUUUGCUUCGACUCCAAGAGCUGCAUCUAGUCGGUGCCGGGCUCCUACGAAUAGAGCCUGGUGCUUUCCGCAACCUUGCAUUUUUCCGGCUCCUUAACGUGUCGGAGAACCGUCUGGCGACGCUGGAGGUGUCGGCCUUCCACUCGGUCGGUUCUUUAGAGGUCCUUCGGUUGGACGGGAACCCGUUGGCGUGUGACUGUCGGCUUCUCUGGGUGAUCCGCAGUCGUCCGUGGCUUCUCUUCGAAGGGCGUUCUCCAGUUUGUGUCACACCUGUGCAGGUGCAAGGCAGGACUUUCAGUGACUUUACGGAGGCUGAGAUCCCCAGGACGUUCACCUGCCGGCAGGCUCGCAUCCUUACUCGUAAACCGCAAGACGUUCGGACGGACGAAGGCCACACGGUGUUGUUCUUCUGCGCGGCCGACGGAGACCCGGCGCCGUCGAUUAUCUGGCUGAAUCCCAAACGCUCGGUGCUCACCGGCUCGGGUCGCAUUCGUGUGCUCUCCAACGGGACUCUAGAGGUGCGUUACGCACAGGUUCAGGAUAGCGGCUACUAUCUGUGCGUCGCUUCGAAUGCCGCGGGGAACGACAGCAUCUCAGUGAGCCUUCGGGUGCGAGGUUUUCCCUCAUCCGCUCGCAACCGCUCCGGAACGUUCUUUCUGGAAGGAUGGAGCUUCACUUCCGGGCAAGCGGCGGUCAACGGAUCGCAGCCGUUUCCGUUCGACGUGAAGACGCUGGUGAUCGCGGUUACCAUGGGCUUCCUGUCGUUCCUGAGCUCGGUGGCCGUCUGUUUCAUCUUCAUGUUUUUCUGGAGUCAGAGCAAGGGACAGAUCAAACACACGGCGACGAUCGACUUCGUGCCACGCAGCGCUGCGACGGCGUCCGGAGGCGGACGGACAACGAUGGAGACGGGGAGGUUCACCAUGAAGCUGAUCUGAAGACUAACAAACAUGAGAUGUUUGAGGUGCUACUAGAUAUCCAGAGUUUUCCCAUAAGCUUCCGCAUGAGGGUAAGAUGUCUGAAUGUCAGUCACUGCACAGUAUUGCUCUUGCUGAGUAUUUUUGUCUUGUUUCCCAGUACAAAUAUGCAAGCAUUUUUAAAUUAAGAUACUUUUACGGAAGAAGUGAGUGAUUAAAACAAGAACAAAUAUCUGCCACUGGGACAUUAAGAAUUGUGUGAAUAUGUGACGAGUUUAUAUGAAUGCAUGUCUGAGGGGAACUUACUUUAGAAAAGUUUAGAUGGUAUUUUUCUCUUCAUCUUGUCUCUGUAUGAAGCAUAUUAAAGUUCAUAAGUGCAGUACUGCUUUGUUUACAGCGGUAACCAAGGAAACGCUUUAAGCUCCCCCUGCUUUAGUGUUCAUAAGUGGUUUGUUUACAGUGGUAACCAAGGAAACGCUUUAAGCUCCCCCUGCUGGCAGAGAGUGGAUCUGCGUCUCGUUCAGCUCGUCUGCUGUUUAUUUCAUACAGAUAUUUAUGUAUAGUUUCACAGAACUGAAGUCAAACCAUUCUGUUUUUGCUUCAAAUGUCAAAAUUAUAAAAUCUAAUUUAGAUUAAAAGCUGCUCAUGUUGCAUGUAUGUUAAAUGGAAAGAGCACAGACAAAGCUUUAUUUUGUUUAUAUGAAGAUAUUUAUUUUAUUUGAGUCAGUUACAUUAUAAAUGUGCAGCAUUUCUUCCAAGCAAUAAAAAUGACACAUUUAAUUUAUAAUUUCACUUAAAUCUCAUUUAGUAAAUAAACUAAAAAACUAAAUGGUGAAUAUUUUUUUGAGGAAACACGUUUGUGAAUUUGAUUAUGUUUCCCAAGUAUCUUCAAAUAUAUUUAUGGUUACAUGAAUCUUUAGUGUUGAUUUUUGUGUGUGUGAAUUGCAUGGAAACCAAUGCGAGUCAAUUUGAAAUGCAACACAAACUCACUUCAUUGUGAUCAGUUUCUCAGAAAACAAGACGACUUCUGUCAUUUUGCAUCUCUAGUGAAUGUAUCUUAAUUUAUGGACGUUUAGAUAUUUGUACUGGAAAACAAGACAAACAUACAGAGAAACACCAUAUCUUUGGUAUCUCUAUUAUUUUAGUCUAUUUCUGCAUUUUUGAGUUUGGGUUACUUGUCAUUUGGAUUUGCCUAAAUUUGAUUCUUGAUUAUCACGUUUGGAAUAAUUCAGGUUUGUGCGUUUGAAACUCUUUUAAAAGGUUUUGAGGCUUUAAAUCAGAUAAUGUUAGCAUGAGCUGCAUGAACACGUGUGUGUGAUGCUCUGAUCACUUUAUUAGCGUCUAUAAAUUACAGAAAGUGAGCAGUAAUGAAGCUUUAAUUGAACGAACAAGAAAAGAUCUCAGGCUAGUUAAGCUUCAAUCAUGUUCAGUAAACCCUGGAGUGAUUAUAUGAUUUAUUCAGAGACAGAAAUAUUGAAUGAGGAUUGUGUGAAUGUCUGGAAAGAUUUCACAUGUUUCUGUUAAUAUUGCUGAUGAUGCUUUAUCAUAAAACUGCAGCCAGAUCUGUUUAACUGCAGAUUUGCUUUGGAAGAUCAUUAAUGUAUUUAUGACUGAAUGGCUUUAAGUGCUUUAUGCAAUCCACCUCAAAGCAAUAGCGUCCCAUCAUGCACUGCUCUCCAUUAGCAUAAAUGAUUGUUUGAUAGAAGUGGUUUGUUCUUGAACUCUAUUGAAUCUGAUUUUAGUGUUUAUGAAGCAUCUUAUGUCUGUCAUUUGUUGUAAUUGUCAUAUUUUUAUUCUGUUCUAAAGACACUCCUAGAGUUUGAGAACUGCUGCGUUCAUUUGAUUCAAUAUUUUUAUUUAGUGUUUUUACUGUUCUUGCACUUUUAAAUGAUCCGGGUUUUUUUUCAUGGAAAAUCAUCUUAAUGUCUGUCCUUUUAUUUCAUAACAAUGAAACUUUGCUAAUUCUUUAAGAAGUGGCUGCCAAAAGCAUUAAAGUUAUCUUGAAAUGA